AUGAAUGCCACCGAGAACCUUCACAUCGAACCAUGGGGAUCGGACACCUAUCUCGUGGGCAGGUGUUGGGACAAUUCUCGAGGCUGGAAUGAAAGUUGGUUGAACUUAGAUAGCUGCCUCGGGGAUAGUGGAGGGCGCUUCCAAUGGGGUGGAAGCGAGUUCACUGAUCGUGCCAGAAAUAUCAGUUUUAAUCCCACAGAAGGUGGAAGUCGAGUGCCCGUCCUGCGAGCUGAACUAAGAGACGACUCACCAGGGGGCAACUUUUUAGAAGGGAAUGUGAAUUUGGCCGAAAAAAUCAAUAACCGUGAUGGUAAUCUGCAGUUUUCUAGAUUUUGA